CUUACCGUUCUACUUCCAUCUCAAGUAUCACGUGUCUAUGCACUGCAGCACGUCUCAGCUAUAUAACUAGAGCAUUGAAAGUGGAAGUGUAAAGUUAAUUCACGCUGUCAAGUUUAGAUAGAGGCCAUGGAAUGCUCCAGAUGCUCCAUUUCUGCACUAUUAUUCCCCCUAUUUUUCGUUGUCCUUUCCUUCAUCUUUUUCUCUCCCUUCAAGGAACAAAACCAUCUUACCCAGUUUGCUUUGGCUCCUCCUUUGGUCCUUUCCAAUAUCAAAAACCUAAACAACCACACAAAUAUAACCUCUCCUUCUCCCUCACCACAACCACCACCACUUGAGCUUCUUUCCAACUUUACUCCUGCAAACGACACUUACAUGUACACUGGCACCGUUCAAAUUCAGGACUUGACUAGUUUGGAGAAAAUAGAAGAAAGUUUAGCACAAGCACGGGCCUCAAUUCAGGAAUCUAUCCUAUCAAGGAACUACACUUCACAAAGGAGAGAAAUUUUUGUCCCCAAAGGAUCCAUUUACCGGAAUCCCCAUGCUUUUCUCCACAGGAGCCACAUAGAGAUGGUGAAAAGAUUCAAGGUGUGGGUUUACCAAGAAGGGGAGCAACCAUUAGUGCAUGAUGGCCCAGUAAACAACAUAUAUGCGAUUGAAGGUCAAUUUAUGGACGAAAUGGACAAUAAUGGUAAGUGGAGCCAAUUCAGGGCAAGACAUCCUGAGGAGGCACACGUGUUUUUCCUUCCCAUCAGCAUUGCCAAUGUUGUUCACUAUGUCUACAAGCCUAUCCUAAAGCAAUCUGACUACGAACCUGUCCGGUUGCAGCACUUAGUUGAAGACUAUAUUGGUGUUAUUCAAGAUAAAUAUCCUUACUGGAAUAGAAGCAUAGGUGCAGACCAUUUUUUGCUUUCUUGUCAUGAUUGGGGUCCAAAAGUUUCCUAUGGCAAUCCUGAACUUUUCCAAACUUUCAUUAGGGCACUUUGCAAUGCUAACACUUCAGAAGGAUUCCAUCCAAAUAGAGAUGUGUCCAUCCCUGAAGUGUACUUGCCUGUUGGAAAGCUAGGUCCAGCAAGCCUUGGUCAGCACCCAAACAGCCGCACUACAUUGGCUUUUUUCGCAGGAGGGGUCCAUGGUGAAAUUAGAAAAAUACUUUUAAAACAUUGGAAGGACAAAGAUAAUGAGGUUCUAGUUCAUGAAUAUCUUCCAAAGGGUCAAGACUACACAAAAUUGAUGGGACAAAGCAAGUUUUGCUUGUGCCCCAGUGGGCAUGAAGUUGCAAGUCCUAGAGUGGUGGAAGCAAUUCACGCAGGGUGUGUGCCCGUAAUAAUUUGUGAUAAUUAUUCUCUACCUUUUAGUGAUGUGCUAAAUUGGAGCCAAUUUUCAGUGGAGAUUCCGGUGGAGAAAAUACCAGAAAUCAAAAGUAUAUUACAAAGUAUUUCAAGGAAUAAGUACUUGAGACUGCACAUGAAUGUGUUGAGAGUCAGGAGGCAUUUUAUGAUUAAUCGGCCAACAAAGCCAUUUGAUAUGAUGCAUAUGAUUCUUCACUCAAUUUGGCUGAGAAGGCUAAACAUAAAGUUGAUUGCUUCUUGAGUAAUCACAAGCCAUUUCCCAUAUCUUUCUAUUACCCUCUCAAAUAUUAAUUUCCCCAACUGACUGAGUUACUUACCUUGAUUUUUUUUACUUACUUUGAUUUCUUUGUAAUUAGUAAUUAUCUAACCAAAACAGAAAUAUAUUAUAUCACAGUUGUCUUAUAUACAUACAAUGAAGGUUCAAUGCAUUCCAUA